AUGAGUGACAAUAAUUCGUACGCUCUUGGCGUAGAAGGAUUUGAUACCAGCAUUUCGACUGGCAAUGAGCUUGGGAAGCAUGUCGCAGUUGAAGCCAAAGAUAAGCAACCGUACAGUAUCUACUCCAACAAUGAAAAAAUGAUUUUAAUCAUAAUUGUGUCGACGGCCGCCUCGUUUUCUGGCUUUGCAUCCAAUAUCUACUACCCUUCACUGCCUACGAUUGCUACUGAACUUUGUGUCUCUGUGGAGCUCGUCAAUUUAACGAUCACAUCUUACAUGAUAUUUCAGGGCCUCGCUCCGACUUUUUGGGGUGCUCUAGCGGAUGUUAAAGGGCGCCGAAUCACCUUCAUAUGUACUUUUUUAGUAUUCUUUGCUGCGUGCGUUACUCUUGCAAACACUCGAAACUAUGGCACACUAGUGGGUGUAAGAUGUCUACAGAGCACAGGAAGUGCUAGCAGCAUAGCACUAGGCGCAGGAGUUAUAGGCGAUAUUACCACAAGAUCUGAAAGAGGGGGAUACAUGGGAAUCUUCCAAGCGGGAUUGCUUGUUCCUGUGGCUGUUGGACCAAUCAUUGGAGGGGGGCUUGCCGAAUCUUUGGGAUGGAGAUCUGUCUUUUGGUUUUUGGCAAUAUACGUUGGAGUCUUUUUGAUUUUUCUCGCUAUAUUGCUACCAGAGACGUUAAGGUCCGUUGCCGGAAAUGGUUCAUUCCGGAUCCGAGGUUUUGGAAGGUUUCCCUUAGUGGUGUACCAGCGUCGAUACUUGAGGAGGAACCCCUGCGCAAGUAUCCAAACAGAAGCAAAUUUACCAUCCAAAAAACCUAUCGAUGUGUUAGGCUUUUUAAAGGCGCUACUGAACAAACGUGUCACUCUCGUAAUCGUAUUUCUGGCCAUAUACUAUACUGUUUGGCAGAUGACUAUAACUGUUCUCUCAACUCUACUAGAGACAACGUACAAACUUAGCGAAACACAGGUUGGUCUCACAUUUAUCGCGAACGGUGUGGGUUCGAUGGUGGGAUCGUUGACAACUGGGAAACUACUGGACAAGGAAUAUAGAGUUAUGAGCGCCAGAUACGAAGGGAGAGAAGACGAGAUGCCCAUAGAUCAUGUUCGGCUCCGCCUGAUGUGGUUAUGGAGCGCAUUACAGAUCAGCUCUGUCCUCACAUUUGGCUGGAUGUUGGAUAAACGAAUUCACAUGGCUGUGCCCAUCAUCUGCACUUUUCUCACAGGGUGGGCAGCUAUGGCUAUUCAAAGUACAGUUUCUACAUAUAUGGUCGAUUUGUUUCCUGACGGAAGUGCUUCGGCUUCGGCUGCCGUCAAUUUGGCCCGUUGCCUACUCGGUGCUGGCGGUACAGCUGCAGCUAUGCCCAUUCUUAAUGGCAUCGGGAUAGGCUGGGGGUUUACAAUGCUGUCAGCUAUAAUGUUUGCGGCGCUUGGACUGAUUAUUUUACAACUUCACUUGGGCCGCAAAUUGCGUCUACAGUAUCAGCAAAACCGAGCCCACGUUAUGGAAGGGUAG